AUGGUUGAUGAUACACCUAGAUGGUUGUUCAGCGGUAUCAAUAUCCUAUCAGUUAUUAAGCUUGCCAUCGAUGUGGUAGGCCUAAGUGAUUUCAAAGAAAAGGGGGUUCUAGAACUAGCAGCGUCGUUAAAGAAACUUCAGUGUUCUCCCAAACCUACUGGUGGUGUUCCUGGUCAACCUAUGAUGCCUAACAAUAUGGAUCCAUCAAGACAAGGUGAAGGUGGGGAGUUUGUUGGAUGGCAAGGACCACCUGGCAUUAGCUCUAUUAACCCAAGGAUGAACUCUCCAAGAGGUCAACCCCUUGGGCCUAUAAAUCCUGGGAACUAUGGAACAAUGAGGCCACCAAUGAAUAGUGCAAUUGGACCGGGAGGACCUGGAAUACUACCUAUGUCAGUACCUGGCCCUGGUGGCAGACCAUGGCAACCUAAUGUAUCAACGAUGAAUUAUUCUUCAGCUUCUCAUGUGGGUCAUCAUGUAAGUUCACUAUCACUUCAUGGGGGUCAUUAUGUAAGUUCACAAUCAUUUCACAAGGGUCAUCAUGGUCCACUGGUGUCUAGUACAGGAACAUCCCUAACACCAAACCCACAAGGUACAGCUGGCACUUAUUCCCCUGCAACUCCAAGAAUAAACACCCCCAACACGCGAAGAGAUGCAUCUAACUCUGGUGGAGAAACGAUGUAUACAAUGAUGAAGCCUGUUCCAGGAGGAAACAUGACAGGGUUUCCGAUGGGUCCUGCUCCUGAUGGUUCAAUGGGUCCUAUUGGAUCUGACAUAGGUCCACCAGUAAUGAACGGCAUGACUUCAGGUGAUGGUUUAGAUGGGAUGAAAGCUUCUCCUGCUAAUGGGCCAGGAACACCAAGAGAAGAUGGACCUCCUAUGAGUGAGUUUGGUAUCCCUGGUUAUGGACAAGAAAAUGAUCAGAAUGAAUCAGCAGCAAUUCUAAAAAUCAAAGAGAGUAUGCAGGAAGAAGCCAAAAGGUUUGAGAAAGACACUCCCUCGGAACACUCAGAAUAUUUCAUGCAGUAGCUAGUGCUGUGUCUACUCUAUCAAACAUUUUGCAGUUUUCCAAGGUGUAAAAAUAUACACAUUACAACAUAACUGGUAAUUCCACCAUAGAAUACCAUAUGAAGCAAUUCCUAAGCCUCAUAGACAGUGGAAUAGGCUUUAACAAACCCUGAAGAUUCUUAUCAGAAUUUCAUUAAUUAGAGCUCAUGUUUCAUUGUGACAAAUAUACAGGAUUGGCCACGUUGACAUAUUCAGCAACUGUUCCAAAUCUGCACCACAACUAGCUGUUUCUCAUGGGAACCAUCUUUUAAUAUGUGUGUUUUUCUUCAUUUAAAAAUAUACAAGAAUUGAAGAGGUUCCAACAUUCUUAAAAUAGUAACUUAAAUGUUUCUGUUUAAUGAAUGUAGACUAGAAAGUUGUUUGUGUGUGUGUAUAUAUAUAUAUAUAUCCCAGCUAUUACCACAAAGAAAAAAACUUUCUUAGAAUUAGUGUGAUUUUAAUGUAGUGGAUGCUGGGAUGUUUAGAUUUCCAUUACUGUGUUUUGUGUACUUCAAUUUGUAUAAAAAAACUUUACUCUGCUGCCACUCCUAUACACAUCCUCAUAAUAAUAUAAGUGUAACUCUUCUCAACCUGUCAAUUAACACAUGCUUAUAAUUAGUGUACUUGACAAAAUACCACUGAAAUUGUAUUAAAAAAAGGGAUCAAAGCGAGUUUAGUGAUCACUAUUGAAGUCUCACCUCUUUUCAAUAUUUUUCUCCUUUAAACUCAUUGAUUGACAUUCAAGUUGAGACUUUGUAAAAGUGGACAUUUCAUUAGAAGCUGGAACUUUAUCUUAAUGUGUAAUGUUCUAUUGAAAUAUACAUUUGGGGGGGGGGGGGGUUAUGCUAUUUCAAGUUGGUGCACUUACUUAUGUAAAAUUUUGUACAGGUGAUUUUUUUGGUAAAGCUUGUGAUCUGAUGAAAUUUUAGAGUUCAUAGAUUUUUUUGUAAAUUGUUUUUCUGUGUUUUUUUUGUGUAAAUAUACAUUGGUUUCAAAUGACUCAAAGUACAUAAUGUACAAAACUUCCUGCUUAUAAAGUGUGUUUUAUAUAGAAGCAAAAUUUUUAAAUCAAUUCAACUCUGUAUUCAUUCAACAUGGAUUGAUUGUCAGCUACUUCUUUCAGUCUUGUUUAUUUCUAGUUAUUUCUCUUAUUUGAGGUGCAUAGUACGUACAUAUAUAUAUAUAUGUGUGUGUGUGUGUGUGUAGGUAGAGAGAGAGAGCAUUUUAUACUGUUACAUUCAAGUUUUCCCUAGAACAAUAAGAUUGAAAAUAUUGUUUAGAUAUUUUAGAUAAAUUGCAAUUUAAAUAUUUAAUAUAUUUAUUGUAUUAACAGUAUUUGAUUUCUUUAUUUUUAAUUUUCAAAAAAUGUUUUUUUAUUAAUGUACUUUAUGACUUAUCAUAAAUGUUAUCUACAUCUUGUUCUACAUUACAUCCAUUACCAACUUUUUCUCUACAUGUAGAGAUCUCAAAAAUCUUAUUGAAAGGUCUUUAAAAGUAACUUUAGAAUACAUACAUGUGGUAAUUUUUACACUGAAUACAGUAAUUUGAAUAUUUUAGCAACAAACAAGGUAGUAAUGUAUUCUGAAACAGUGGGCAGUACCUCUAUGAUAGUAGAAUGUGUUAUUUUUUAACCAUUUUAUAAAUUACUUUGAAAAACAAAUAUUUCUUAAGUUUUACAUAAUUGUAUUUACAUUUGAGUAUUUUGUAAAUUGUGUUUUUAAGAUAAAAAUGCAUCAUCUAUGGAAGUGAGUUAAACUCAUGGCAGGUUUUAAAGUUAGGAAAUAUUAUGGUAAAAACCUUAGAAAUACAUUCAUCGAAAACAUUGGUAAACAUGUUAUAUUAUUGUAUGUAUGCUGAUGUAAAUUUGGUGUGUAAAACUGUAAUAUCUUUCCAA